AUAUAUAAUAAUCUCCAGCUAAUAUGGCUGAAUUGUUAAAUAAAAACAAAAAAAUGUCAAGAGAACUUGAAAAUACAUUGUAUAUAGAAUCCAGGCAACAGAAUGACAUAGUAGAUGGCGAGAGCGCUGCUGGAAUUAUCGAACAAACGGCCAGUGGCAAAGAAAUGCAUAUAAGAGCAGCAAAUCAGGAACAAAAUCCUCUCGAAAGCUUAGCAGAAAACACUGGCGUUUAUAACGAGAUUGCGGGAAAUGCUGUAAGCCAACAAUUAGAUAAUGUGAAAGCAAAAACUGAACCUAAAGAUUUCAUAAGUGCAACCAACGAUGAGCCUCGGGGAAGUGGAAGGCAUAUGCUAGAUAAUGCCCCAAAUAAGGAAGAGUUGUCUCAAUUGGGUAAUGCUUGUGAUUACGCGUCCAUAAUAAAAUUGGAAACAGGAGUUGAGGAGGACGAAUUUACAGAUACUGAAGAAGAGCAAUGGCCUGCUGAUACUUCGAAUAACUUGCCAAGCAAUGUCAUGUUUGGGAAACAGUCCCCCUCACUUACACGAAUAAAAGUUAAGAGUGAAUUUUGUUCAAAGUUAGAUUCCCCUACGGGGAAUAGUGAGCACGUAGCAGAUGACUUUUUGGAUGAUUUAUUGAAAGAUGCUGAUGAAAUAGGGGAGGCUAUCAAACUUAUACCAGAAAACAAUCAAAAUAAAACUUCAAUUAAAAUUGAGCCCAUACCCGAAAGCUUUUUCGACGAUAUACUGAUAGAUCAAGUAAAAGAGCGCGUAGAAAUGGCUAUAAAUGAAGAACUUGAGGUCAAAUAUUCCCAAAAACUUGAAGAAUUAAAACAACUCACACGCAAGGACAAGCAGGGUAAAAAGCAUAAAAAAUCUACAAAGAGACCGCGUAAACGGUCACAUUCUUCGGAAAGAGAAUUUGGCAAAACUCAAGUCAGCGAUUCGCCAUCGGAAAAGAGACGUCCGAUUUUACCAGCUGCUUCUUCGACUCACCGCAGUUUAUAUAGAAAGAAUUCCUUACCCUUAUUAGCGACUUCGAGCCCCUUAGCACCUAAAUUUCUGUGUGAUGCCGACGAUUCAAGUCCAAACGCUAUGACUUUCAAACCCAUAAUAUUGGAGAAACCAAGAGCUGGCGAAGAGUUUCACGAAAAUGUAACAACUUUAUCUCGUAAAGAAAAACUUGAUAGAGCCAUUUUCCGCGUUUCUGCGGCUUUAGAUAGCUUUACAAAAUAUUGUACUGAAUCCCAGAAGUAUUUCGAAGGAGAAUUCAUUUUCACGCCUACUGUACGGAAGCAACCAAGUGGUUCCUCUUUUGGUAAUAAAAAAUUCUAUGAGCAUCGCUCGCCCUUGCAUACUGUGAACAAUGUGAGCUAUAAAUUUAGUUCAUAUGCAACGAGUUUCAAUAUGCUUGAAUGGGGCUUGGAAGCUUUACCUCCAAAAAUUGCCUGCACCUGCCGUGUACUAUGUUACGAUAUUUACAGCCUUGUUAUUAAAUCGAAAUCUAUUAAGUUACCACCCAAACUCCAAAAACUAAAAACCGAAACACAAAAGAAUGCAGAGAUGAAAGUGGCCGGCGGUAGCCUCACAUUGCUUAAUAAUGUUAGCACUCAAACUGAUGACGAUAUCAAUGUUUCAAGAAAUGAAUCGAAAGUUUUAACUUACGAUAUAGCAGCGCAAGCUGUUCCACUCACUGCCAACAUGGCUACACAAACAACCCAGGAAACGUCUUUAGACGAUUUACCCAUUAUAUCUAUAAUACGUAGCUUCAAUGACAGUCAAUUGAUGGCUUUGCAUGACUUCGCCGAAUUACUCAGAAAACCGAGCCCUACUGAUGCUAUCAACAUGUAUCGAGUACAACGUAUGUUGCACGUUUAUAAAGGUGCACAAAUCCAGGCUGGUUCCGUUCCAGCCACAAUUGAACAUGCGUAAUCUCCUAUGAUAAGAAACCAUAGAUUUAGUAGCGGUAAUGGGUCCGAUCUAAUUCCCGUCAGUGCAGACGGAUCGUAUUAUACGGUUAAUAGGGGCAGAACCGUAUCCCGAAAAUCUGAGAAAUACAGGCACCCCAUCACAUUUUGCUCCUUCUGAUCCUAGACGUGCACGCAACUCUCCAUCAUCAUCGAGCUCCGUACCAAAGUCAUUUGGUCGCGGGGGCAUAAGACGUUAAUUUAACACAUUAUUCUUCUGUAAUUGAAAUCUUCGCUCUGAAUUACAUUAGAGUGAACAAAAAAAAUUGGAAUAAAAUGAAAAGGGUUAGAAACCAGCGGAAGAGAGGAGGAUUCAUUUUGUACAGGCAAUCUUUUCUGAGCGCUGCGCAAUGAGGAAGGCCCAAAGCAUC